AUGGCCACCGAAAACACGAGACUCUUCGAUCCCGUGCGCGUCGGGUCCUCACAACUUGCCCAUCGCAUCGCUAUGGCGCCGCUCACCCGCUACCGAGCUUCCAAGGACCAUGUGCCAUCCCCGCUGGUCGCUGACUACUAUGCCCAGCGUGCUGCCAUACCUGGUACCCUGCUCAUUUCCGAAGGGACCUACAUCUCUUACCGCGCCGGUGGAUACGGCUACGUGCCCGGCCUGUGGAGCGCGGAGCAGCUCGCUGCCUGGAAGGAAAUCACCGACGCCGUCCAUGCGAAGAAGAGCAAGAUCUGGUGUCAGCUCUGGGCACUCGGGCGGGUCGCCAAGCCGGUUCCCGGUGUCGAAAUCACGAUUGUCGAUGAAGGGUAUCCGUAUGCGGAGCAUUUGGCGUCGAGCAGCCCAGUGCCGGCAGGCGAGGGAUUCGAUACACCGAGAGAAAUGAGUGAGGAGGAGAUUUGGAGGAUGGUGGAUGAUUUUGCAAAGGCUGCUAAGGAUGCUGUAGAAGUGGCUGGGUUUGAUGGAGUCGAGGUGCAUGGUGCGCAUGGCUACCUCGUCGACCAGUUCACUCAAGACACCUGCAACAAGCGUACCGAUGCCUGGGGCGGUAGUGUUGAAAAUCGCUCACGCUUCGCACUCGAAGUUUGCAAAGCCAUCACCGCUGCGAUCGGGCCGGAGCGUGUGGGUAUCCGCCUGAGCCCGUGGGCUUCGGUCCAGGGCAUGCGGAUGGAUGACCCCGUACCGCAGUUCACCCACCUUAUUGCAGGCCUGUCUCAGCUGAAGCUAGCAUACCUUCACCUCGUUGAGCCGCGUGCCUUCGAGGAAAAUCCGUCACCCGAGGAGAACCUGGAGUUUGCGUUGAAGGCAUGGGGAAAAGAGCGGCCGGUAAUUCUCGCUGGUGGGUACACGCCGGACCUUGCUGUACAGGCGGUUGAGCGGUUCAAAGACUAUGAUGUCAUCAUUGCGUUUGGUCGCAGGUUUAUCAGCACGCCGGAUCUGGUGUACCGUAUCAAGAAGGGUAUCGAGUGGGAGGCGUAUGAUCGGAGCACUUUCUAUAGGGGCCCCGCCGUGGAGCGGAACGGUCUUGAGAAGGGCUACAUUGAUUACCCCUUCUCGAAAGAGCUUCUGGCGGAAUUUGGAGGCGCAGUUUAA